AGCAGUCCACACUUGACGGCAAGCAAGCCGGAAGUCGCAGCCGCCGCCGUCGUCCCCUCCCCGUCCCUGCCCGCCGGGUGCCGUCGGAGGUUGACAGGUCGAGGCGGGGAGGCGGCGGCGGCGGCAGCAGAGCCAGGCGCCUAACACUGGAGUCUCCAUGGGGAACGCUCCAAGUCACAGCAGUGAAGACGAAGCGGCAGUCGCUGGGGGCGAGGGCUGGGGCCCGCACCAGGACUGGGCCGCGGAGUUGGGUACGAUCCCGGGUGCGGGUCCUGCGGGCCCGGCGCUGCCCCCUGCCUCGGCGCUGCUGGAGCCGGCCCGGCUGCGAGAGGCGGCGGCUGCCCUACGACCUGCGCCGCCCUGCGAGUCGCUGGUGUCGAGGCACCACGGCGCGUUGUUGCGCUGGCUGGAAGAGCGACUGGGCCGCGGUGAAGAGUCUGUCACUCUAGAGCAGUUCCGGGAGCUGCUGGAGGCUCGCGGCGCUGGCUGCUCGGGCGAGCAGUUCGAGGAGGCCUUUGCACAGUUUGAUGCUGAGGGUGAUGGUACAGUUGAUGCUGAGAACAUGUUGGAAGCCCUUAAGAAUUCCACUGGAGCUAAUCUUCAGGGGGAGCUGAGCCACAUCAUCAGACAACUGCAAGCCUGUUCUCUUGUUCCAGGUUUCAUAGACAUAUUUUCAGAGUCAAAAGAGGGCCUGGAUGUUCACUCUUCAAUGAUACUGCGUUUCCUGCAUCGCAAUCGAAUCUCUAGCAUGGUAAUACCCUAUCCAAUGCUGGACCACUGCAAUAAUAUCUGCACCAUGAGGUCUUCUGUUCUAAAGGAGUCUCUGGAUCAACUUGUAAGAAAAGAAAAGGAAGGCCCUGGAGAUCUAACUAGAAGUCCAGAGAUGGAUAAGCUCAAGUCAGUAGCAAAAUGCUACGCUUAUAUAGAAACAUCCUCCAACCCUGCAGACAUUGACAAGAUGACAAAUGGAGAAACGUCAUCCUACUGGCAGUCAGAUGGCAGUGCCCGCUCACACUGGAUUCGUUUAAAAAUGAAGCCAGAUGUUGUGCUUCGGCACCUGUCCAUUGCUGUGGCUGCCACUGACCAGAGCUACAUGCCGCAGCAGGUAACAGUAGCUGUGGGGAGGAGCGCCAGUGAUCUUCAGGAAGUCCGAGAUGUGCACAUCCCCAGCAAUGUCACUGGCUACGUGACGCUGCUGGAAAACGCCAACAUCAGUCAGCUCUAUGUCCAGAUUAACAUAAAGCGUUGUCUUAGCGAUGGAUGUGACACUAGAAUUCAUGGUCUGAGGGCUGUUGGCUUUCAGAGAGUGAAGAAGUCUGGGGUCUCUGUCUCAGAUGCUUCUGCUAUAUGGUAUUGGUCUCUGCUGACAUCUCUGGUGACGGCUUCCAUGGAGACAAAUCCAGCCUUUGUCCAGACAGUGCUACACAAUACUCAGAAGGCAUUGCAACACAUGCCGCCACUUUCCCUCUCACCAGGAUCUACGGAUUUCUCAACUUUCCUGUCUCCCAGCGUUCUGGAAGAGGUAGACAGUUUCCUUAUAAGGAUAACUAGCUGCUCUUCCACCCCAGAGGUGGAACUGACUCUUCUGGCUUUUGCACUAGCAAGAGGAAGUGUUGCCAAAGUAUUGAGCUCUCUGUGCACCAUUGUUGACCACCUGGGCACACAGUAUGAUGCCUCAUCCCUCAUCUCAUCCAUGGCAUCAGUCAGGCAGAACCUGCUCCUUAAGUAUGGUAAACCUCUCCAGUUGACUCUUCAGGCAUGUGAUGUCAAAGGAAAGGAAGAUAAGUCGGGACCUGAAAACCUCCUUGUUGAACCGUGGACUAGGGAUGGUUUUCUUACAGAGACUGGAAAAACCAGAGCAAGUACUAUUUUUUCUUCAGGAACUGAAUCUGCCUUCCAGGUUACACAGAUCAGAAUUAUGGUUCGACGUGGGGGCAUUGGUGCCCAGUGUGGGUUAGUAUUUGCCUAUAACUCACCUUCUGAUAAAUUUCAUGCGGAAGAACACUUCAAAAGGUUUGAAAAAUAUGACAAAUGGAAGCUUCAGGAAUUCAGGCAAUUUUUAAAAAGCAGGAUUGGUUGCUCAUCUGAUGACCUUGGAGAGGAUGAUCCUAUUGGCUGGUUUGAGCUAGAAGAAGAGUGGGAUGAAGCAGAUGUCAAGUUGCAACGGUGCAGAGUUGCCAAAUAUUUGAUGGUGAAGUUCCUGUGUACCCGUCAAGAAUCAGCAGAGCGCUUGGGAGUACAGGGCUUGAGCAUCAGUGGAUACCUCCGACCAGCAAGUGCAGAAGCAGAACAGAGCGUUGUCUGUGUUCACUGCAGAAAGGAUGCAGAGGAGAGUGUGUGUGGGGCCACGUUGCUCCUGAAGACCCUGCAAUUCAUCCAGCAACUUGCCCAUGACCUGGUGCAACAGAAAGAGAGUGGCUUAAAAUAUAAAUCUUUUCUGGACUUUGCGGGUCUUGAUUUAAAGAUCUUCUGGAAUUUUUACAGUAAAUUAAAGCAAAACCUGAGGGAAGAAUGCAUCUGUGCCCAAACCCUGCUUCUGCAGCUCCUCCAGAGCUGUUUCUCAGUCCUGCAGGGAGAUGCGCUGGCUGUCUCUGAGAAUGAAAAGGCUCCAAACCAGAGCCCUGAAGGGGUUGAGGCUGCCAAGGAGCUCUACACACACUUGUGUGACGUGGUGGAUAGGCUGGAUGGAAACUCUGUGACCAUGGAAAUAUUAAAACAAGAAGUUAGGAAUACCCUCGUCAGCGGAGCUGCCAUCUUCUUUCCUGAUCGACAGACCCGGCGGAACCAUCUCUUCACCAUGAUGAACAAUGUCACUGAGCAGGAACACAAGCAGUCCCUGCAGCUUACCUUCCGCUCACUGUGCACGUAUUUUAGUGAUAAGGAUCCAGGUGGCCUUCUACUUUUACCUGAGAAAAGUGACCUGGCCGACAUGAACAUCAGCGAAGUGUUGGCGGUCAUGAACACUCUCCUCUCUGUUGCUGCUCGAGAGUGUGAGCUGCUGAUGCUCAGUGGGCCCCGAGGGGAGGUUGGCUCUGUGCUCUUCUCCCUGUUCUGGUCGGUCCAAGGCAGCCUGCUCUCCUGGUGCUAUCUGCAGUUGAAGAGCACGGACACCGGGGCCAAAGAUCUUGCCGUUGACCUUAUUGAAAAAUAUGUGGAACAAUUUGUGGCAAGCACGCGAGUACUUCUAGAAUCCCUUUUGUCACAGUAUAGUGGAAAACUCAUAGUAGAAAAAUUAUGUAAUUCGGUGUUUUCAAUGGCAGCUCGUCAACUGGUAAUCUUUCUGCUGGACUUUUGCGCUUUAGACAUUUCACACUGCACACUCUUGAGAGAAUUCAGUACUCUAACUGAAUUGUUAAAGAAGCUAUGCAGUGAUCCUGAAGGAGGACUGAAUAAGCUGGAUGUUGAGACUUGGCAGCAAGAACAGCCGGUGGUGUUACAUACAUGGACUAAGGAAUCUGCCCAUAACUACGAAAACAAUUGCCAUGAUGUGUCUGUCUUUGUUAGCCCUGGGGCAACUUAUUUUGAGGUGGAAUUUGAUGAGAGGUGUGAAACUGAAAAAAGGUAUGAUUAUCUGGAAUUUACUGACGCUAGAGGUGGGAAAACACGCUAUGACACAAAAGUUGGCACUGAUAAAUGGCCCAAGAAAGUGACCUUUAAAGCUGGUCCUCAGCUACAGUUCCUCUUUCACUCUGACAGCAGUAACAAUGAGUGGGGCUACAAAUUCACUGUCACUGCCUAUGGUCUGCCUGAUGUCGCCGUGUCUUGGGGGUUGGAUUUACAACUCCUUGUUUCCCGACUGAUGGGACGCCUUGCUUCCCAAUGCAUGGCACUCAAGUCUGCGCAUCGAAGUAACAUGGCAGUACCUCAAGCAAAAAUGGCCUUAGUCCUAAACUCCCCCUUAUGGAAACCUGUCUUCAGGCAUCAGACAUGUCCAGAGUUGGAAUUAGAAGCAAGCUGGCCCACCCACCCACACCAGGAUAGGAAGGAGGUUAAGAACAUCCCCGAUGAUCCCUGCUGCACUUUUCUUCUUGAUUUUGCACAGUCAGAUCCUGCUCAGAGCUUCUGUGGGCCAUAUUCAGAACUUUUCAAAGGAUUCAUACAGGCAUGUAGAAAACAGGCCCCAAAGACAGAUAUAGUUGCUGGUUCCACUAUUGAUCAAGCUGUGAACGCCACCUUUGCUGCUCUUGUGUAUCGCACUCCAGACUUAUAUGAGAAGCUGCAAAAAUAUGUAAACAGUGGGGGCAAAGCAGCCCUGAGUGAGGAUUUUGCACAAGUAUAUUCCUUGGCUGAUGGGAUUAGAAUAUGGAUGUUAGAGAUGAAGCAAAAGUCCCUGAUGGGCCUGGGGAAUGAGCUAGAAGAAAAACACAAUUCAGAAGCAAAGGAGGCGAAUCCUGAGAGCUUGGCCAAAGAGUGUAUUCAGAAGAGUCUUCUAUUAUUAAGAUUUUUGCCCAUGGGUGUAAGUUUAAAAGAAAGUUCUGACAAGUUGGUGACUGCAGAUGAAACCGAUCAUCUCCAGCCACUUGACAAGCAUCAGAGGACAAGCUCUGUGGUGGAAGAGCAUUUCCAGGCUUCGUCAUCUCCCACUGAAGCAGCACCCCCUGCUACAGGAGACAGGAGUCCUGGUUUGGAUGUCCAGACUAAGCUGCUGCCCAGCAGUGGCCCCCCCACCACAGAGGUGUCCUCUGCCACCUCCGAGGAGCCCUCGUCACCUUCCACACCCACCCGACGGCCUCCUUUUACCCGAGGGCGACUCCGGCUGCUCUCCUUCCGAUCCAUGGAGGAGGCCAGACCGGUGCCCACAGUAAAAGAGAAAUACCCUAUACUGAGGGACGUCCUGGACUUCAUUAAAGAUCAGUCAGUCUCGUGUGAGAGUGUUGUAAAGGUUCUUUCCUUGAGGAAAGCCCAAGCCCAGAGCAUCCUUGAAGUACUGAAGAUAAUUCAGUAUUGUGCAGAAUCCCUUGGACAGCCUCACUGCUUCCAUCCACCUUAUAUACUUUUCCUAUUAGAACUUCUGACCUGCCAGAAAGAAUUUACCAAUUAUUUUGGACACUUGGAAGGCUGUGGUGCAGAGCUUCACAAAGAAAUUCGAGACACUUACUAUCAACUUGUUCUGUUUUUGGUCAAAGCAGUAAAAGGAUUCAGUAGCAUAAAUGACAGGUCCUUGCUGCCUGCCUUAUCGUGUGUUCAGACAGCAUUGCUUCAUCUUUUGGAUAUGGGUUGGGAACCCAGUGAUCUUGCCUUCUUUGUUAAUGUUCAGCUACCAGAUCUCCUCAUGAAAAUGUCACAAGAAAACAUCAGCGUCCAUGACAGUGUGAUCAGCCAGUGGAGUGAAGAAGAUGAGCUUGCUGAUGCCAAGCAGAAUUCAGAAUGGAUGGAUGAGUGUCAGGAUGGCAUGUUUGAGGCCUGGUAUGAAAAAAUAGCCCAGGAAGAUCCAGAGAAGCAGAGGAAAAUGCACAUGUUCAUUGCUCGCUACUGUGACCUGUUAAAUGUGGACAUCUCUUGUGACGGAUGUGAUGAGAUUGCCCCCUGGCAUCGGUACCGGUGUCUACAGUGCAGUGAUAUGGAUCUCUGCAAAACUUGCUUCCUAGGUGGAGUGAAGCCUGAGGGCCACGGGGAUGACCAUGAAAUGGUCAACAUGGAGUUUACCUGUGACCACUGCCAGGGUUUGAUCAUAGGCCGGAGGAUGAAUUGCAAUGUGUGCGAUGACUUUGAUCUUUGCUAUGGAUGCUAUGCAGCAAAGAAAUAUUCCUAUGGCCAUCUGCCGACCCAUAGCAUCACGGCCCACCCGAUGGUGACCAUUCGGAUCAGCGACCGCCAGAGGCUCAUCCAGCCUUAUAUCCACAACUACUCCUGGCUGCUCUUUGCCGCACUGGCUCUCUACAGUGCCCACCUGGCCAGUGCGGAGGACGUGGACGGGGAGAAGCUGGACCCCCAGGCCCGCAGCAGUGCCGACACCCUGCGGGGCCAGUGUGUGCAGCUCAUCGGGGCCUGUCUGAUGAAGGCUCACCAGGGAAAAGGUCUUAAAGCUCUGGCUCUUCUUGGUGUAUUGCCAGAUGGUGGAUCUACCCCAGAAAAUCAGGUCCUGCCAGUCACUCAGCCCACCCGCAUACGAGAGGAGCAGCUAGAGGGGAAAACUGCCCAGGCUGCUGAGGAGCCAUCAGAGGCAGGCCCUUUUGUGCACUGCAAUGGAAAAGGAGAAGUUCAUGAGGAAAUCCGACCUUUGGAUUGCAAGCAGAAAAACAAGGUAGAUGAAAGUGUACCAUUAAUGAAGGAUCCUUCGUGCCAGACCCAAAUUUCAGACUCAUCUGCAGAUGCUGGCACACCUACAGGACUUUCAGAUGCUGUAUAUUCAGAAACAUCAACUCAGAAGUCAGUAGAGGAAAAGGCACUUACUCCAAGCCCUGAGCAAGUGUUUGCUGAGUGUUCCCAGAAGAGGAUUUUGGGAUUACUAGCAGCCAUGUUACCUCCUUUAAAGUUGGGCCCCGCAGUCCCCUUGAUAGACCUGGAGCAUGUCCUCCCACUCAUGUUUCAGGUUGUCAUCUCAAACGCAGGCCACCUGAAUGAAACCUACCACCUCACACUGGGUCUUCUGGGCCAGUUAAUCAUCCGCCUUUUACCAGCAGAGGUAGAUGCUGCAGUGAUCAAGGUCCUCUCAGCCAAACACAACCUGUUUGCAGCAGGGGACAGUUCCAUCAUGCCUGAUGGCUGGAAGACCACCCACCUGCUCUUCAGCCUUGGAGCUGUGUGUCUGGACAGCCGAGUAGGCUUGGACUGGGCUUGCUCCAUGGCAGAGAUCCUGCGGUCACUCAACAGUGCUCCUCUGUGGCGUGAUGUCGUUGCCACCUUCACAGACCACUGCAUCAAGCAGCUGCCUUUCCAGCUGAAGCACACCAACAUCUUCACUCUGCUUGUGCUGGUUGGCUUCCCCCAGGUUCUCUGUGUGGGGACCCGCUGUGUUUAUAUGGAUAAUGCCAAUGAACCACAUAAUGUGAUCGUCUUGAAACACUUCACUGAGAAGAACAGGGCUGUGAUUGUAGACAUAAAAACCCGGAAAAGGAAAACAGUGAAGGACUACCAGCUGGUCCAGAAGGGGGGAGGACAGGAAUGCAGCGACUCUGAGACACAGCUGAGCCAGUACUCUCAGCACUUUGCCUUCAUCGCCAGUCAUCUUCUGCAAACCAGCAUGGACAGCCAUUGUCCUGAGGCAGUGGAAGCAACUUGGGUCCUGUCCCUGUCCCUCAAAGGAUUAUAUAAAACACUGAAGGCUCACGGGUUUGAAGAGACCCAUGCUACCUUCCUUCAGACUGAUUUGCUGAAGCUGCUGGUGAAAAAGUGCAGCAAAGGGACCGGCUUCAGCAAAACAUGGCUCCUCAGGGACCUGGAAAUUUUGUCCAUCAUGCUGUACUCCUCAAAAAAGGAAAUCAGCACUUUGGCUGAGCGUGGAGACCUAGGACUAGAUGAUCGAGGAGAUCAAGAGGAGGAGGUGGAGCAAGCAGUCAGUAGCCCCAGUGAACCAGAGCAGAAGAAGCUAGACCCUCUCGAAGGCUUGGAUGAGCCCACCAGAAUAUGUUUCUUGAUGGCUCAUGAUGCCCUCAACGCCCCUCUGCACGUCCUCCGGGCCAUAUACGAACUGCAGAUGAAGAGGACUGAUUCUUUCUUCCUGGAGGUUCAGAAGAGGUUUGAUGGAGAUGAGCUCACAACAGAUGAAAGGAUACGCACUCUGGCCCAGAGGUGGCAGCCCAGUAAGAGUCUGAGGCUGGAAGAGCAGAGCGCAAAAGCUGUGGAUACAGACAUGAUCAUCUUGCCCUGCCUGUCCCGGCCAGCACGCUGUGACCAGGCCACUGCUGAGUCAAACCCUGUGAGCCAGAAGCUGAUCUCUAGCACAGAGAGUGAACUGCAACAGAGCUAUGCCAAGCAGCGCCGCAGCAAGAGUGCUGCCCUCCUGCACAAGGAGCUGAACUGCAAGAGUAAGAGGGCUGUCCGCGACUACCUUUCCCGCGUGAAUGAGGCCACAGCUGUUUUGUACGCCCGCCAUGUGCUCGCAUCCCUGCUCGCCGAGUGGCCUGGGCACGUGCCAGUGAGCGAGGACAUUCUGGAGCUAAGUGGCCCUGCCCAUAUGACCUACAUUUUGGAUAUGUUCAUGCAGCUGGAAGAAAAGCAACAGUGGGAGAAGAUCCUGCAGAAGGUGCUCCGGGGCUGCCGAGAGAACAUGCUGGGGACCAUGGCCCUGGCUGCCUGCCAGUUCAUGGAGGAGCCGGGAAUGGAGGUGCAAGUGAAGGAAUCGAAACACCCUUAUAACAACAACACCAACUUUGAGGAUAAAGUUCACAUUCCAGGUGCCAUCUACCUCUCAAUCAAAUUCGAUUCUCAGUGCAAUACAGAGGAAGGCUGUGAUGAAUUAGCCAUGUCCAGCAGUAGUGACUUUCAGCAGGAUCGACACAAUUUCAGUGGGUCUCAACAGAAGUGGAAAGAUUUUGAACUUCCAGGAGAUACUCUGUAUUAUCGUUUUACUUCUGACAUGAGCAACACUGAGUGGGGCUACAAAUUCACCGUGACAGCUGGACACCUGGGGCGGUUCCAGACAGGAUUUGAGAUUUUGAAACAGAUGUUGUCAGAAGAAAGAGUUGUGCCUCACCUCCCAUUGGCCAAAAUUUGGGAAUGGCUGGUGGGUGUGGCCUGUCGCCAGACUGGUCAUCAGCGAUUAAAAGCCAUCCACUUACUUCUGAGGAUUGUACGAUGCUGUAACCAUAGUGACCUCUGUGACCUUGCACUGCUAAAGCCCCUGUGGCAGCUCUUCAUCCAUAUGGAGUACGGCCUGUUUGAGGACGUGACACAACCCGGUAUCCUCCUUCCCCUGCACCGUGCCCUCACCGAGCUUUUCUUCGUUACUGAGAACCGUGCCCAGGAGUUCGGCUUGCUGCAGGAUUACUUGCUGGCCUUAACCACUGACGACCACCUUCUGCGCUGCGCGGCACAGGCUCUGCAGAACAUUGCUGCUAUCAGCCUCGCCAUCAACUAUCCAAACAAGGCGACCCAGCUCUGGAAUGUUGAGUGUUAGCCCUUGGUGCAGUGUGCAUGCAACUGGCUAAUCUGUACACAGGGAUUGGAGAGCCGGCAUCUAAAUCCAUUCAGGAAAAUUCCUGUGGCAUCAAUGUCCAACUCUCUGUGAGCUCCCACUUCUAUUCUGAUUAGAACACCAAACAGCCACGUCUCCAAGAACUCCCAAUGUCACAGACUAGCACACAUGCACAUCACAGACUAGCACAUGUGCACAUACCAUAGCAUGUAAGAAUAAGCAAAACAGUGCAGAGUUUUUCAGAAAAGGACAGCAGGAGGCCCUUCAGAAAGUUAUUCAAAGACCAGCCUUCUCUAUGAUCUCUCCGUGCAGAAGCCACAGACCCAGGAAGGCCUGGAACCAGCCUCUGUGCAAAGGUUCCAGGCCUAGUUGAGCAGGAACUGCCUGCACUUGCCCUUCGGGUGAAGACAAAGUCUGCCCAAAGCUGCCUUUCUCAGCAAGACCUGCAACAGCAGUUGGCCUGAUAUAGGAACUUCUCUUUUGCUUUUGCUCCUUGAGAAUGGUAACCCAAACCAAAACCGGCGAGAGCUCCUCCUGGCCGCCGUCUGAUCCCCAAGUAUUCAGCUUGUGACAGGGUGCUGAGUGAGCUCCCUGCGCAGCCGCAGCCCAUCCCAGAGAAAUCCUCGGGAGAACAAGUGCCCUUGGGACCAGCCAGCAGGCCGCCUGUGUGCAUCUGUCCACGCACUGGCUUCCAGCACAUCACCUUCUUUUAGUUGUUGUUAUUUCAACAUGUUUCCAUUUCUGCCUCAUGUUUUUAGAACAGAACCACACUGACCACCUUGAGAGGGCCUCAGGAGGUUGGCCAGUGGAAUAGUCAUCCCAGGUGACAAGAUCAAUUUGUGUGAAAGCAGCAGAACAUGAGGAGUACUCUUGAGCUUCUGUACGUAAAGACCUGAAGUGUUAUCAGGGGAGAUCUUAUUUUAGGGUUAAAAAAAAACAACAUCAACAAAAAAACACAUGAUUUUAUUUCUGCCCAGUGGUCGUCAGUGAUCAUCAUACUCACUUCUGGUACUCCAUGUGGUUACUGGGCUGUCACUUGUCUAGCAAUAACUACAUUUGCUCUAGUGAAUGCUGUUUUACAUUUUUCUUUUUCUGGUUUUAGUCUUGCCCUGAAGUGCUGAUUAUUAGCUUUGGAGUAUAAAGCUGGGUUGGCAUGUGGGCUCUUGCACAAGCCACAGUGGGACUUGUCAGAAUGAAAAAUAUCUGAGGCACCUGCCAUUUAAGGGUCGGUGUCUGGGCCAGAAGCACAUCCAGCACCCAAGACCAAACCCAAGGAAGGAUCAUCUUAGCCAGGGCCAAACUUGACCAGGUUAGCAAUGCCCUGGCCCUGUUUGCCCCUUGAACUCUGAACACCCCUCUGCAGGGUUUUCAGGAGUAUGGAUUAGAAGGACCUGAGGUGGUAGAUCCUGACCCAGAGGGCUUGUCCCUUCCAGGUCAGGAGGCAAAGGUGCAACAACUUUUUGCACCCCAGGAAUUAGACUCCCAGCCAUCUCCUGGGAUGCAUUUGGAGCUGUCAUGGGUGGGAGAAUCCAAAGGAGACAGAAAUAAAUGGAGGAGCUCCUGAAAUGUGAUGACCUCUAUGGCCCAUCACCCUGACACCAGAGCAUUGGGACCCAGCCCAGUCAAAGCAGCUCUGGGCCUGGCCUUGUCCCCACAUGGUUGGGACAUGAGUACAGAUGCUGCCUGCUCAGUGAGAACCGCUUUUCCAUCUUUCGCUAUUUGCCAAACCAGACUUGCUUUGCAAGCUGCCUGCGCCUCCAGAGAGGGCCCCACAUUCUGUGCCACCCCAACCCAAGUAGGUCUCACAGUGAGGAGCUUCCCAAAAGGGAAAUCACAGAGAUCAAGUCUUGGUGCUUGGGAGAAGAGGUCCCCACCUCAGAUUCUCUGACAGGUACAUGGAAGAUAGACAGGGAGAUGGUGCAACUCACUGCUGGCCUCACUGUGCCACUCACUCUCCCCUUUUACCUCAGACUGACUGAGUAACCAGAGGCAGACAGGCAGGCAUCAGACCCCUCUGGAAGUUUGUCACCAUGUCUGCUCCCCACCCUUCCAUGAGGAAGAUAAAUUGUAAAUAAAUGCUGGACUCCUCAUAGCUUCUCCCCAUAUACCCUCCUUGCUGUUUGGUCUUUCUGUACUUCAGUUUGCAUAGAACCAGCCUAAGUUUUCCCUUGACACACAGCUGCUGCUCUCUUCUGGCAAGGCCCCCUCCUCGCCUGGACCCCAGCCUCCCACCACCACCUCUGCUUCCAGCCACCUGGUGGCGUUGCAGAGCCAGAGCCUGCUCUCCUGGCCCUAGCCAGGCACGGGCCUCUCUCUGUUCCUGGUCCCCAACCGGAGCCAGUAGUAUCAGAGCAGAUUUCCAUCAAGACCAACAUCCCUUUAAUCCUUCUUAGGAGACAGGACUGCCUGGAAUGAGGUAAAACUGGUAGGAAUGAAGGUGUCGUGGAAAAAUGUGCCUAAUCUAUAAAGAAAUUCUGUUCCAAAUCAUAUAUGUUGUACAAACAGCCACUGUUCCUAAUCAGAAGAGUGACUUAUUUUCAUCAUCGUUUUUAAUUUGGUUUCUUAGGGGUUUACGAUUUUGAAUUUUUCUUAUUUGGUUGGAAAGAAAGAAUUUUGAUUUUAUCAGCUGAGGUAGUUCAGCCUGUAAAAAGGAUGCUAACUUGUGGGUAAAAUAUUCAAAUGAAGAGAAAUAUAUUGUACAAAUUCUAUAUAAAGA